AUGUCAUCCACCACAGGGACUUUCUCCGCUCCUGCUCAAGUCCACACCUUUGACGGCGUUCUAUCGGACUUCGAUGGAACAAUUGUAGACUCUACAGACGCUAUCGUGAAGCACUGGCACCAAAUUGGUGACGAGCUCGGUGUUGACCCUAAGACCAUUCUAGCCACCUCCCACGGCCGCCGAAGCAUCGAUGUGAUGCAACUAUACGACAAGACCAAAGCCAACUGGGAGUAUGUGAACUUCAUCGAAGGCCGGAUUCCCCAACAAUAUGGUUCCGACGCCGUCGAGAUCCCUGGUGGACGCGACCUCCUCACAGAAUUGGAAACCGCCGGUGCCAAAUGGGGCGUCGUUACGUCAGGAACUUCAGCACUUAUUGAUGGAUGGCUGGGUGUCCUCGGUCUUGCGAGACCAAAGAUGCUCGUUGUUGCGCAGGAUGUUCCGCUAGGCAAACCCGACCCACGCUGCUACCUGCUCGGCCGUGAGAAGCUGGGACUCGGUGACUCGACAAACAUUGUUGUGUUGGAGGAUGCGCCAUCUGGUAUCAAGGCUGGAAAGGCCGCAGGAUUCAAAGUGAUUGCGCUGACAACGACACACUCACUGGAGAAACUUCAGGGAGCGGGGGCAGACUGGAUUGUACAGGACUUGCGCAGCGUCUCGGUGAAGGCGAUGGUUGAUGGGCGCGUACAGCUUGAGAUCACGAAUGCGUUUCAAUGA